AAGUACUAUAAAAUUAAGGAAACAUUUAUUGACAAGGAAAUUAUUUUUCUAUGAAAAGUGAUGCGAAACUUCCCCAUUAAAAAGUCUGGUUAUUAGAAUGAACAUUUAAACGUAUUUGAGGAACUUGAAGGGAAAUCUGAUUUAAAAAAUCCUUUCAACAUGUCUAUGAGCCCAGAAGAAGGAGUAAGCAAACUAACAUCUAUUCUUGAUAAAAUUCAUGGAUUACUUCAAAUGGAAGAGUAUGAUGAAAGGUUAAGCGAUGAGCUAUCGAAGAAACUUCCAGACUACAUGACCAUUCUGGAAAACCGGAAAAAAGAUAUAAUAAAGAAAGAUGCAAGCAUUGUUGUAACAGGUGAAACAAGUGCUGGGAAGACAUCAUUAAUAAAUAGCCUUCUUGGGGAAAAGAUAUUUGAAGUUAGCAAUGUAGCAUGCACAAGCAAAAUUUACAGAAUUCGUAGUUCUGAUAAGUUAGCAUGCAAAUACUACACAAAACAAGAUGAACUGAAAAUAGAGGUUUACGUUAGAGAUCUGAAGGAAUUGAAAAAGCUCAUAAAGAGAGGCACUGACGUUGGGUCAAUGAAUGAAGAGGAUCAAAAGAGUAUCUACUUUGUUGACGUAUUCAUGCCAUUUUCAGAUCUCGAGGGCGACGUGAUCCUUGUCGAUACCCCAGGAAUUGGAGAGAGUGAAGAACUUGACAAGAUUCUUUUGGAUAUUUUACCUGAUGCAGUCUCAUUUAUAUUUGUUGUAAAUGCAAGGAAUGCUGGUGGUGUACAAAAGGGGAGGUUACUAGAAAUUCUACGAUCCAUCAAUGAAAAUCGUGAGAAAAUGCCAUGCUUUGAUCAUAAAGAAGUGUUGUUUGUUACCAAUCAAUGGGAUAUUGUGGAGGACGAUACUGAUGAAGAUGAAGGGGAAGAAAAUGUAGAGAGUGGAAAGCAAAGAACGUGGAGAAUAAUGAAGGAAAAAUUGACCGAAGGAUGGCCAGAAAUUAAUGAAGAAAACAUUUUUAGGGUCACUCUAAAGCAGGUUUUGAGCAAGAGGGAAAAUGAAUAUUCUUCGGAAUUCAAAAGAUUUCAAGAGUCUCUGCACAGAAAUGUUAAAAGAAAUAACCACAAACGCCUAAAAAAUCAUUUUAAGUUUUUGGAGAAAUUCAUGCAAAAUGCUGAGGCCGGAACUCUUGCUUGUUUGGCAUUUCUGUCAAUGAGUGAAUCUGACAAACGUAAGGAAAUCAAAAAAGUAGGAGCUAUGAUAGAUGACUUGGAAGGCACUUGUGAAACGAAAUAUCAAGAAUUUGUUGAAGACUGUAAUUGUAAAGUGGAUCGGCUUGCCAGCGAACUUUGGGAUUACCUUCAUUCUUCCUACGGAAAAGAGGAAAUCCUAAAUCCAUCUGGAAAAACAAGAAUCGAAAAUAUCUCUUAUUUAUGGCUACAUCAAGAAAUACCCAGUAGAGUUGAAGCAGGCGUUUCAAGGUGGCUUUCAGAUGACUACUGCAGAUCUAUUAUGAUGGACGCUGAAAAUAGGAUCGUGACCUGUGUAAUGGAGAUGAACAUUCGGAUUCAGAAAUGCUGGGCAGUAAUUCUUGGAGACAUGAUUUCUUUUCAAUUGCAUAGUAUUGCUGAAAUAUCUGUUGCUUUUGGCUUAUUAAGUUUCUUUUUUCCAGUUGCUGCUUUGAUUGGUGCCUUGUUUUUAAUCGUGUUGUCCCCUCUAGCAGCUCUAUUUGGCUUUGUUAUGAGUGCAAAGUGGCAUAAAACGCAAGUAGAUAAUUUAUUUUCUCAGUGCGUCUAUUGUAUAAGUAGAGGGGAUCUACAGGAAAAAUUUAAAAAUACGUUUGGUAAGGAGUACUUGAAAAUAAUCCAUCGAGUUUUUCUUGAAGAUAUCCCAAAAGAAAUAAACGCACUUCGCGUGACGUUAAAACAUCUUGAAUCAGAGCAACAGAUCUUGAAAGAUAAGGAAGAUUCUCUAAAAAUUCUUGGGAAAGAAAUUGAGAAAAUCAGGAAAGAAAUGAUUGAGAUGCAUGCUAGUCUCUCUGAGAUAAUUGACCAAUGAUUGGAGAAGUAAUUAUUCUUCAAAACAUUUCGAGAAUAAAAGGUCCAUA